AUGAGUCCCCUGCGGCUGCUGGCCGUCGCCUGCCUGCUGGCCCUGUCCCGCUGCAAGACGGUGAGGUACCGCACCGACGAGGAGGGCGCGCCGGGCACGGUGAUCGGUACGCUGGCCGACGAGAUGCCGGUGAAGGCGCCGGGGGAGAUGAGCUUCCGCCUGAUGCGGCAGUUCAGCAACAGCUCGCUGGUGCGGGUGCGGGAGGAGGACGGGCAGCUGAGCAUCGGCGAAGCGGGGCUGGACCGGGAGCGGCUGUGCGGGCAGGCCCCCCAGUGCGUCCUGGCCUUCGACGUGGUGAGCUGCUGGCGGGAGCGCUACCGCCUGGUGCACGUGGAGCUGGAGGUGCGUGACAUCAACGACAACGCGCCACGCUUCCCCCGUGCCCAGAUGGCACUGGAGGUGUCGGAGAGCGCCGCACCUGGCACCCGCCUCCCACUGGAGGUGGCCGUGGACGAGGACGUGGGCUCCAACUCAAUCCAGAGCUUCCAGGUCUCCCUCAAUAGCCACUUUGGUGUGGAGGCACAGACGCGGGCAGAUGGGGCACGCUGCGCUGACCUGGUGCUGCUCCAGGAGCUGGACCGCGAGCGCCAGCCCUCCUACACGCUGGAGCUGGUGGCCAAGGACGGUGGCAGCCCGGCGCGCUCGGGCACGGCCACCGUGCACGUCCGUGUCCUCGAUGCCAACGACAACAGCCCUGCCUUCGCCCAAGGCUCGGUCACAGUGGAGCUGCCCGAGGAUGCGUCGCCUGGCUCCCUGCUGCUCGACCUGGACGCCGCCGACCCCGACGAGGGCCCCAACGGCGAGGUGGUCUAUGCCUUCGGCAGCCAAGUGCCCCCCGAGGCGCGGCGGCUCUUCCGUCUCGACCCGCGCUCGGGCCGCCUCACGCUGGAGGCCGCUGUGGACUACGAGCGCACUCGCACCUAUGAGCUGGACGUGCGUGCCCAGGACCGCGGCGCCAGCCCACGCGCAGCCACCUGCACUGUCGUCGUGCGCCUCGUUGACGUCAAUGACAACGCGCCACGCAUCAGCAUCAGUGCCCUCCGUGGCGCCGCCAGUGCCGCUGGCGUGGCCUACGUCAGCGAGGCGGCAGCCAGCGAGAGCUUUGUGGCCCUGGUCAGCGCCUCAGACCGUGACUCGGGCGCCAACGGGCAGGUGCGCUGCAGCCUCCGCGGCCAUGACCACUUCGCCCUGCAGCGUGCCUACGAGGACAGCUACAUGAUAGUCACCACGGCAGCACUGGACCGCGAGCGCAUCCCUGAGUACAACCUCACUGUGGUGGCCGAGGACCUGGGCUCACCACCCUUCAAGACCAUCCGCCAGUACACAGUGCGGGUGAGCGAUGAGAAUGACAAUGCGCCACUCUUCGCCAAGCCCCUCUACGAGGUGGCCGUGCCAGAGAACAAUCCCCCAGGUGCCUACAUCACCACUGUGGUGGCCCGCGACCCUGAUCUUGGCCACAAUGGUAAGGUCACCUACCGGCUCCUGGACACGCAAGUCAUGGGGGCCCCCAUCUCCACCUACGUCUCAGUGGACCCCGCCACCGGGGCCAUCUAUGCCCUCAGGACGUUCAACUAUGAGAUCCUCAAGCAGCUGGACCUGAGGAUCCAGGCCACCGAUGGAGGCUCCCCGCAGCUCUCCAGCAGCACCCUUGUCAAAGUGAGGAUGGUGGACCAGAACGACAACCCUCCCGUCAUCAUCCACCCAGUGCUCACCAACGGGACAGUAGAAAUCGGCGUCUCCAGCAAGACGUCCCGCGACUCCCUCGUGGCCCAGAUCAAAGCUCGAGAUGCAGAUGAUGGGGCCAAUGCCGAGCUCACCUUUGCCUUCCUGGAAGAGCCCCAGCAGGACCUUUUCACCAUCAACCCAAGUACUGGGGACAUUGUUCUGAGGGGCGACCUCUCUGAAGAGCUGGGACAGCUGUUCAAGGUCAUCCUCACUGUGACAGACAAUGGCAGACCCCCCCUGGCCACAACCGCCACAGUCAACUUCCUGGUGACCGCCACUGCUCCUUCCAGUAUCCAGGAGAUAGCCAAGCCCAGCUCCUGGGAGGGAAAGGCUUUGCAGUGGGACAUCCCUCUGAUCGUGAUCAUUGUCCUGGCAGGCAGCUGCACCCUCCUCCUGGUAGCUAUAAUCACCAUCGCCACCACCUGCAACAGGCGCAAGAAGGGGAACGAGAUCAAAAACAACGCUUCCUUGAAGGAGCAGAUAGACAUCUCCCACCUGGAGAAGGGCCGGCAGGAGGAGAGCAGCCAGAGGGGGAAUGUGUUUGAGGUACGAACCUUUCCCAGCAAAACCUCUUUCACCAGCCCCGACCCUUCUCCAGCUGACGAAGAGAUCUCCACCGCUGAGAGCGGCAGCGACAGCACUUGCCUCUACGAGGGUCAGAAGAGGCUCAGAGGGCCGAGCGGGGAGGGUUUCGCUGCCGCUCCGAGCUACGGCAAGGAGCCUGCUCCCCCCGUGGCCAUUUGGAAGGGCCACUCGUUCAACACCAUCUCCGGACGAGAGGCAGAGAAGUUCAGUGGCAAAGACAGCGGCAAAGGCGACAGCGAUUUUAACGACAGCGACUCGGAUAUCAGUGGAGAUGCCCUGAAGAAAGAUCUCAUCACGCACAUGCAGAACGGUCUGUGGGCAUGCACGGCCGAGUGCAAGAUCCUGGGCCACUCGGACCGCUGCUGGAGCCCCUCCUGCAGCCGAGCCAACCCUCAUCCCUCUCCCCAUCCCUCGGCACCCCUCUCCACCUUCUGCAAGAGCACGUCCUUGCCCAGGGAUCCCCUUCGCAGGGACAACUUUUAUCAAGCCCAGCUGCCCAAAACAGUGGGGCUUCAGAGCGUCUACGAGAAAGUGCUGCACAGGGACUUUGACCGGACGAUCACACUGCUCUCCCCGCCACGCCCUGCACGGCUCCCCGACCUUCAGGAGAUCGGGGUGCCCCUCUACCCAGCCCCCUCGACUCGAUACCUGGGCCCCCAGACUGACACGGCUGAGAAAGUGUAG